AUGGAAAGGAGUCGUGGUAUUCUCACUCUUGUUUCUGCUCACUCCUGGGGUGUGAUUCCUGACCUCAAAAUCCUGUGCAGCCGUGGAAUUUAUAAUCACAGGAUACCGUUAGAGAUUUGGGAACAAUGGAAAAUAACACAAUCCAAAUACAAUGUUGUAUUUUUCUUUUUAUUAGUGUGCAGGUCCAACAAAAGCCCCUGGGUCUGUUUGACUUGUUCAAGUGUCCACUGUGGAAGGUAUGUGAAUGGCCAUGCAAAAAAACAUUAUGAAGAUGCACAGAUACCCUUACUCAACCAUAAGAGAUCAGAAAAGCAAGAGAAAGCUCAGCAUACAGUGUGUAUGGAUUGCAGUAGCUACAGCACAUACUGUUAUCGUUGUGAUGAUUUCGUGGUCAAUGACACCAAGCUGGGCCUGGUGCAGAAAGUGAGAGAACACUUACAGAACUUGGAAAACUCAGCUUUUACAGCUGACAGGCAUAGAAAAAGAAAAUUAUUGGAAAACUCAUCACUAAACAGCAAGUUAUUAAAAGUAAAUGGAAGUACGACUGCCAUUUGUGCCACAGGCCUUCGGAAUUUGGGCAACACUUGUUUCAUGAAUGCUAUCCUUCAGUCACUCAGUAACAUUGAGCAGUUUUGCUGUUAUUUCAAAGAACUGCCUGCUGUGGAGUUAAGGAAUGGAAAGACAGCAGGACGGCGAACAUACCACACCAGGAGCCAAGGGGACAGCAAUGUGUCUCUGGUAGAAGAGUUUAGGAAGACACUGUGUGCUUUAUGGCAAGGCAGCCAAACUGCAUUUAGUCCUGAGUCCUUGUUCUACGUUGUCUGGAAGAUCAUGCCUAACUUCAGGGGUUAUCAGCAGCAAGAUGCCCACGAAUUCAUGCGUUACCUUUUGGAUCACCUACACUUGGAACUUCAGGGUGGCUUCAAUGGUGUUCCCCGAUCAUCGAUUCUGCAGGAGAAUUCUACUCUGUCUGCAAAUAACAAAUGCUGCAUAAAUGGAGCAUCAACUGUUGUCACAGCAAUAUUCGGAGGAAUUCUCCAGAAUGAGGUCAACUGCCUCAUAUGUGGGACAGAGUCCAGGAAGUUUGAUCCAUUCCUAGAUCUCUCCUUAGAUAUUCCAAGUCAGUUCAGAAGCAAGCGCUCUAAGAACCAGGAAAGCGGGCCUGUUUGCUCAUUACGAGAUUGUCUCCGAAGCUUCACUGAUCUAGAGGAACUUGACGAGACAGAGUUGUAUAUGUGCCACAAGUGCAAAAAGAAACAAAAGUCCACAAAGAAGUUUUGGAUUCAAAAACUUCCCAAGGUGCUGUGCUUGCACUUGAAAAGGUUUCACUGGACAGCGUAUUUAAGAAACAAAGUUGAUACGUAUGUAGAAUUCCCGCUGAGAGGCCUGGACAUGAAGUGCUACCUACUAGAGCCAGAGAACAUUGGCCCAGAGAGCUGCCUGUAUGACCUCGCCGCAGUGGUAGUGCACCAUGGCUCUGGGGUCGGUUCUGGACAUUACACGGCAUAUGCAACUCAUGAAGGCCGCUGGUUCCAUUUCAAUGACAGUACUGUAACAGUGACCGAUGAGGAGACCGUUGGGAAGGCAAAGGCCUACAUUCUAUUCUAUGUGGAGCGUCAGGCCAGAGCUGGAUCAGAUAAACUUUAAUACCUCCUAUGAUCACGAUUCAUACUAUACCGGACAAACAUUUCCAAUUUCCAUAAAUACUUGAUCCAAGAGUUAAUUUUGUUAUGCACUUUUAAAUUUCCAGUUUGGGGUUUAGUUUGGUCAGUGGUAGUGACUUAUUCAAUAUGGGCACCAACUAAUUUUUGUUGUUGUUCUACCAGAAAACCUCAGCAGGCAUCUUGAUUGGCUGCUUUAGUUGUAAUAACUCAAGUUUUAUAUGUAGUUUCCAGGUCUUAGUUCUGUUUGACUUUUUAUAUUAAUGUUUUCAGUUCUCACCAAGGCACAUGUGCCCUGUACUCCCAUGCUGAGAGCCACCCUACCUGCUGCUGCCUUUCACAGUGGCCAGGCCAGCGGCUACCAUGGGGAUCGUGUGUGCGGGGCCUGUGGCCCACGGUCUCACAGUGACUGCUCAGGAACGCCUUCUGACUGUAGGCGGUAGCUGAAGGUCAGAGACCAGGCCGUCGUCACUGCCUGGGUCUCUGGGCUAUUGUUUCUCAGCGUUAAAUAAAUCUGUCAGUUCUGUUGCA